AUUUGUAAAUAAACAGCUGAUCAUUGACAAAAUUUAUACAAAUGAAAAUAAUUUGCUCUACUUCCGUCUGCUGAUUUUGUGUGCUUUGAGCAUUCUCAUUUUUAGAUCUUUGGAACUGGUAAAGUAGGUUGUGUCUUCUAAACUACAGAUGUCCAAUAAUUUCUGAUUCCUUCAAAGGUCAGUUGAGAAGUGCGGCGGUCUAUGAAAGUACAUGGCUCUUAAUCUUACAAUUUGAAAAGAAUAAUUCCAAAUACCAACAUGAAGAAGGGAAUCGAGCAGGAUGAUGUGAUAGUCAUCAACACACACUCAUGUCUUGCCGAACAUGAUUAUUUUUGCAAGUAUCCUGUAAACGAUUACAAUCUGAUUGGCAACGACUCGGGAAGCGAGAGUGAGACAGAAGUACAGUUUAGAGACAGAGACAGCGACAGUUGCUCCACAACUUCUGUCAAUAAUGCAGACACUGCAAGUAACUUGGAAAGUGAGAGUGAAUCGUCAAGUGACGAAAGUUCUUCUGAAAGCGAAGAAGAUACAAACAAACAUGUCUGGCCUUGGAUGAAUAAGAGUUCUGUUGGCGCUUCUUCAAAUGAAUUAAUACCUUUGAAUCAAUACGAUGAACAUGUUCUCCUGCAAGAUCUUGAAACUACGGUGAAAAUGGUUCCAAAAGAAAAAUUAGAUCGAUCAGUUUAUCCACUGUAUUCUAAACUGAAGCUGAGACGUUUGAAGCGCUCAAGGGGUUGCAGUUAUUUCAAUUUUGACGAUUAUCUUCUGACAGACUCCUUGCAGUAUCCUGAUUUUAGUUGCGUUGCUCUGUACAAGAAACUGAUUGUUGGAUGCUUUCUGGAGCCUGAUUUCUCAGCGACUGAAACGUAUCUCACGUUUCUAUUUACAAGACCACAGUGGCGAGGGGCAGGAAUUGCUACAUUCAUGAUCUACCAUUUGAUAAAUGUAAACAUGUGGGGGAAAGACAUCACUCUACAUGUGGCUGCAGAUAAUCCGGCAGUUAUUCUAUAUCAGAAAUUCGGUUUUAAAGUUGAACAGUUUAUUCAAAACUUCUACGAUAAGUACAUUCCCAUUGAUAAUCAAGGCUGUAAGCACGCUCUGUUUUUACGACUCAGUAGGUGAUGGCCUUCAUAAAAUAUUGAUCAAUGAGUUGGCUUAUUAGACUUUUGGAGCUUGAAUUAGUAUAGAAGUAGCUGUAUUACAAGAGAUGAUAAUAGCGGUUUGGUAAAAAACUAAUUUAUAAUACUAUACCUAUGAUAACUGCAGAACUUGGUUCAAUAAGUAUUAUAGUGAAACGGACACUAGAUUUAGAUUUUUAGAUGUGAGACAACUAAUUUAUUGAAAUUACACCAAUUGAGUGCAUAGAUAGGUUGAAUAUUACAUUGUUGUUAAACGUCAUUUUGGCGGAAUAAACAUUUUUAGA